AUGAAGAACAUAUUAUUGCUUCUGGUUUUUCUUCAAAUCUUCCUCAUCUUUGGUCAAGCCAUCGCCCAUGACAGAUUAUCGGCGCGAUCCUCCGCAUCUGUCAAGGUCUCCUCUACUUCUUUUGUAAAAAGGAAGACGAAGAAACAGACGAACCAAGCUUCCAAUGAUCCUACGACCGACCAACCGACAACAGGCGAACAACCGAUGACCUGCUCGGUUUCCAGAUAUGUUAGACAGACAGGACUCGCGAGCGACUGUGUUUGUGCGAUCGCUUUCCUGUAUGAUCCGAGUUUCCCGGCAUGUACCAUUUGCCGUACUUGUGUAGUCCAGCCACUUGAUAGCAAGGAAAUCACACUUGGAGGUCGUACGGACAAGCAAGGUCGACCUAUAGCACCUUCCGUCACGCUAGCCCGGAUGAAUUCAGCCUAUGACUCGAUGUUCAAGGCUCAAGUAUAUAGUGACGACACCAUUUGUGACCACUAUACAACACCGUUUGGCUUGCUCCUUGACCCAACUUAUGUUCCAGAACGUGAUAUAAUAUACCCGACCUUUCUUCUUGGUAUACAGGCAGGACAGGGUGACGUGGCUAUGGCGUGCAAUGCCAGUCUGGCCGCGCAAGCUUACAGAGAAGCAAUGUAA